ACAUAAGCCUUUGGACAAUUAUUGCUAUUGUAAGAUUUACGUAACUGCUCAGAGGACAUACCUGAAAAAGCGGAGUUUAGUUAAUUAGAGGCACAAAAUGCUGGGUCGCUUGGGCAAAAGGCAUAUGGAGAUUGCAGCGUCUUUCGCGUCGACGGCGGUAGGAUACGGCGGCGCCGCGUUCCUCACGAUGCUCUACUUCACCGACUGGAAGGUGUUCGUCGCCAAUAUUCCUUAUUACCGUGGCAAGUUCAAAGAAAUCGAAGAAGAAAAGUAAAAUGGACCUCAUCACAUAUUUAUUCUUUUAAAGUGUGGUUUCGUUUACUUUUGUUUAAGUAUGUAUUAUAAGUCAUAGUUGAAGUGAGCA